AAAACUACUCCCCCUUCAUCGUUCGGAUGCGAACGCCACCAUGGAUUGGCAAUGCUCAUCUCUACUACUCCGCGCCACGCCUCUCCCAUCGCCAUCGCUGCCGCGUUCCAUCUCCGUCCCUGCGAAUCCCAAACCCCAUAAAUCCCGACACCUUACUCCCUUUGAACCCAUUCCGUCCUCUCCAAUCCCUUCUCCUUCUCCUAUUGACACCAGCGGAGCCCAUCUUCAUCACGACUGUUCCCUCGGAAGCUAUUCCCGGAUGCUCCAUGGCUGCAGCUCGAGAGGAUCCCUUCCCCGCGGGAAGGCCGUCCACGGCCGCUUGCUGAGAGCCGGAAUCGAGCCCGAUGCCCAUCUCUGGAACUGCUUGCUUAAUAUGUAUUGUAAAUGUGGGAGCUUGAAAGGUGCUCGCUUGCUAUUCGAGCUAAUGCCGCACCGGGAUGUUGUGGCGUGGACGUGCCUCAUGGCAGCGCACGCGUGCGCGAAUGACGGUGAAGAGGGCAUGAGAAUGUUCUGCGAGAUGAUGACGGAUGGAGUUUGGCCGAAUGCUUUUGCUCUUGCUUCCGGCUUGAAAGCUUGUUCGGUUUGCGAGGACUUGGGUUUUGGACAACAGUUGCAUGGGGAAGCGGUAAAAAUGCACCUUUUAUCUGAUCCGAUUGUAGGGUCUUCCCUUGUUGAUUUUUAUGUGAAGUGCGCAGGAAUGGAGCUUGCUGAGAAAGUGUUCUUUGGUUUACCGGAAAAGAAUGUUACUUCUUGGAAUGCACUGCUGGGAGGAUAUGCUUGGUUGGGUGAAGACAUGAAGGUUCUGGAGCUUUUUCGGGGGUUUAUGGAGUCAGGAACCAUGGUCAGCGAGUUUAUAUUGCCUACAGUUAUCAAGCACUGUGCGGGCUUGGGCGAAGUGAGACAAGGACGGUCACUUCAUUGUUUGGUAAUCAAGAUUGGGUUGGAACAAGAUGGAUUCUUGAGUAGUAGUCUGGUGGAUAUGUACUCCAAGUGCGGCCUUGUCGAGGAAGCUCAUAAGAUCUUUGUUAGGAUUGUUGAUCCUGAUGUUGUUGUCUGGAGUGCAAUGAUUUCAGGCUUUGAUCAGCAAGGGAUGGGUCUUGAAGCUGUCGAACUCUUCCGAUCUAUGAAAAGAAUGGGCGUUAGACCAAAUUAUUUCACUGUUGCAAGUGUAGCAGGUGCUGCUUCUCAGUUGGAUGAUCAGGCACUCUGUGGUAGUCUUCAUGCUUAUAUUCUGAAAAAUGGAUUUGACAUGAGAAAAGAAGUUGGGAAUGCUAUAUUAAACAUGUACAUGAAGAAUGGGGUUGUUGAAGAUGGGUGCAUGGUGUUUGACACUAUGAUGGAACAUGACACUAUAUCUUGGAACAGCCUUCUCUCUGGAUUUCAUAGUGGCAGUUCCUGUGACAAAGGGUUAAGAAUUUUCAUUGGCAUGCUUACUCAAAAUAUCAUGCCUAACACUUACACAUAUAUCAGCAUCUUAAGAUCCUGUACUAGCCUGAAGGAUGCCAGAUAUGGUGCUCAAGUUCAUGCUCAUAUUUUUAAGAGUAACCUAUCUCGAGAUUCUUUUCUUGGAAGAUGUCUCGUUGAUAUGUAUGCAAGUAGUGGUGACCUAGAAAAUGCAUGUUUGGUCUUUGAUAGACUGACUGAAAGAGAUGUCUUUUCUUGGACUGUCAUCAUCACAGGGUACACAAAUACAUAUCAAGGUGAGAAGGCCAUAAAUUGCUUUAGACAGAUGCAGCAGCAGGGCCUGGAUCCGAAUGAGUUCACAAUUUCUUGUUGCUUGGGAGCUUGCUCAUACAUAGCAGCAUUAGACAGCGGUCGCCAGUUUCACUCACAUGCCAUAAAAUCUGGACUGACUGGAUCAUAUGUUUCAAGUAACCUCAUCAAUAUGUAUGCAAAAUGUGGGUGUAUGAUGGAUGCUGAAGCAGCGUUUAAUGAGUCAACUUUUCAUGAUGAAGUUUCAUGGAACAUUUUAAUUUGUGGGUAUUCUCAACAUGGGUAUGUGGGGAAAGCUCUUGAAUCCUUUCAACAGAUGAUAGAGGAGGGAAAGAGACCUGAUGAAGUGACUUUUGUCGGUGUCCUUUCGGCUUGUAGCCAUGCAGGUUUACUUAAUGAAGGCAUGAAAUACUUUAAUUCUAUGUAUCGUAUUUAUGGGAUCACUCCUACAAUUGAGCACCAUCAUUGCAUAAUUGACAUCCUUGGCAAAGCAGGUAAACAUGAUGAAGUUGUACAUUUUAUCGAUGAGAUGGGAUUAUCAUCAGAUGCUUCAAUAUGGCAAACAGCUCUUGGAACUUGCAGAAUACAUGGGAAUGUGGAAUUUGCAGAAAGAGCAGCAAACAAACUGUUUGAGUUGGACCCAAGUGUGGACUCUAGUUAUAUCAUGAUGUCCAACUUAUAUGCAGCCGCAGGGAGGUGGGAAGAUGCCACUAGGAUGAGGAAAUUUAUGGUUAGUCGUGGCAUUAAAAAGGAACCAGGGUGUAGCUGGAUUGAGGUCAAUGGCCAAUGCCAUGUAUUUCUGGCUCAAGAUGGUUCCAUCUAAAGGACAUAGCAAUGUAUAUGAAACAGAAGUAAUUGACACAGCAAAAUGGCUGUAGAGGAAUAUGUUGCUUAUACUGGGCAAAGUACACUGAAUUGUUGAUACCACAGAAACAGCUGUUCCAGAAACUCAACCUGAAUUCAUGGGAGCUGAUGGAGUGGAUAGGAUUCCUGGAGACCUUUUAUUCCGAGUUAUCUAAAGAGGCUGAAAUGGAUAAGAUCUUAAUAUCCAUGGAGGUAGAUUUACGAGUACCUACUGGUUUGACAUUAUAAUUUUGAUCCAUUGAAUUGAUAUGAUGUCAUUAGCUGUUACAAAGACAGGGAAUGCCAGGAGCACAAGGAAUGUAAAUGUAUUCUCGUGAAGAUUUAUUGGUGAAGAAGCUGAUGAAGAUGAAGACGAUUUUCCUGAGAAAUCGGUGGAAUAUUCUAAGGGAUAGGGUUCCUCAAAAGCAAGAUUAUAAGCAAGAUAUUGCAAGGUAUUACAGAAACAGGGACAACCAUAUCACAACAGGUAAAGAAUAUGUGGACUGAAAAGACAGACGGUUCAAGUCCCAUAAAAGCAAAGAAAACAUAUCUUUGAGGCUGAAUGAAUAAUUAGUUCGAGCGUAAAUAUGAUGCCUCUCUUUAUUUUGGAUCAAACUAGGUUAGCUCUCUUUUACAAGGAGUAGCACAGUGUUUAUUUGUUAGAUAUCAAUUUUUCAGUGUCUUGCCAUAUAUUUAAAAUUAGAAAAGCAG